AUCUACUGCGGCGUCACCAGAAAAUGGAAGGAUGAACAGGCAGCCAUCCCUCUUCAACGAUGAUUCAGCGUGAAGAUGAACGCUGUGAAGUAGGAGUGGGGAAAUAACACAAAGUUUGGAAAAAAAAAAAAAAAACAACCUUGGGUGUGAAGUGGUGUGCUCAUUAUUUCCUGGUUGGAUGUGUGCACCAGCAGUCUCUGCUUCCCCUACGUGGGUGAGCUCCGGCAAAGCUGGGAUUGCAUCUCUGUUGACACCUCCGCACAGUCAACAUGGAGCAGGGAGAGAGAAACAUGCAGACCGAGUAGUGACCGGGAUGAGAAGACGGACGACAGUGGUUGCUAGAGACGAAGAGACAUGUUCAAAACAAGGAGAGAGAGUGAAAGGGAGACAAAUGAGACAUUUGAAAAUUAGGCAGAAGUAGUCGAGUAGUAAAUAACUGAUCAGUGUUUGUUUUUUUUGUUUUUUUUUAAAGGGGCCGUGUCAGAGCAGCACAGGACCCAAAAAAACUUAAAGGACGUUUUGAAAUGCAACAUGGACACUGUUGGGUUGCAGCAAACCUGAAGAUUUGAAGUGGGAUUAUGCAAUCAAAUUAGACGAAUUCUCCAAAUGAUGACAUGAAGAAUUUGAUGCCUAUCUAUUAUCAUUAAUUAAGAAUUGAAACUGCCAAGCUAUCAGAGAUGGCUGUCAACAGUUUCCCCAUCUUCCUCCUGCUACUGAUCGGCUCUUGCACAUCACACCCGUCGCCUCCUCCCCCACUGGGAUGUAGCGAGCAUGUGGAGCCCUCUUACCGAGUGCUGUGUGACCUGGAGUCGGUGUGGGGCGUUGUUUUGGAAGCGGUGGCCUGCAGCGGGGGCCUCACCUCUCUCAUCCUCGCUACGCUCCUUCUCAUCAAGCUUCGCUCGAUUUCAGACCCGGCCAGGCGCUCUGGCGUGGGACCCCUUCUGCUACUCCUGGGAACACUCCUUGGGAUAUUCCCCAUCUCUCUGGCGUUCCUUGUGGGAAAGAACCAGGUCCUCUGUGUGGUUCGCAGGGCCUUCUGGGGUCCCCUCUUUGCCCUUUGCUUCUCGAGCUUGCUGGUCCAGGGCCUGAGGCUCAGGAGAUUGGUGGCUGGGAAGACGAGCCCAUCGGGGAGCACGCUGGCUGCACUGGGCUUGGCAUUGGCCUUGGUUCAGGGGAUCAUUUCUGCUGAAUGGGUCCUUCUCACUGUCGUCAGGGAGGGUCAUCCAGCUUGCGAGUAUCCACCUUUGGACUUUGCUCUGACAUGCAGCUACACCUUAGGGCUGCUCCUCAUAGCCAUGGGGCUCUCUCUAGGGGUAGUGCUGUGUGGGGGGGAACUGGUGGUAGACGCAGCUCGUGAAAGUGACGAGGAUAGAGAAGAAGAGGGUGACAAAAGGAGAUGGAAGUGUAAUGCAGUUUGGCUUUUCCUGGCAAGUCUGGCAUCAGCGUUGCUUUGGGUGGCCUGGCUUGGCUUUUAUCUCUAUGGGAGCCAAGCAAUGAGGAUCAGGGGGAAAGUGGGGAGGUCAGGAGGAGGAGCGGGAAAGGUGGAGGACCGUCUGCUGGAUGAGCCCGCUCUGGCGGUAGCCCUGGUGGUGCAGGGAUGGAUCCUUCUGCUCUUCCACGGCAUUCCAGAGAGCCACCUCUGUCUCUGGAACCGUUCACAAUGCGGCAGGCAAGAUUUCUUUGACACCAACGAGACAACGCCUCCUCCACAUUUCAGAGAUGAGCUCCCGGCGCACUCUCACCAACCCUUCCAGGAAAACCAGGCCUUUUCGAUGGAGGAGCACGGUGCAAGUCUCCGAAGUGGAAACUACAAGGGAGGUCACGGGAGUGUUCGCCCUGGCAUCGCCUUCAGAGGUCACGUGUACCAACCAACUGAGAUGGCUCUUGUUAUGAAUGGCGGUACAAUGCCCACCGCCCCGAUUAACUACACUGGAAGACGACUGUGGUAAUGCAGUAAUGGGUCAUAAUGUAUGGUCCUGAAUUUCCUGAUGCCUGACAAGGAGUAAUAAUUUAAAAAGACAUAACAUAUCAUACAGGGUGGACUGACAACAGCUCAAUACAUUUAAUGUUUGUGCAUACAUGUUGGAAUUCUUCAUUUUGAGAGUUUGUUUCAGUUUUUUCAAAACGAAAGGAUUGGAAAUGACAGCGAUGGUACAGUUGAGGACAUUUUUCAGGUAUAAAUACCAUUUACAGUGCUUUGAUAUUAUCAAGGCGCAGAUGUCUGUAUGAAUAUGUAAAUAAGCUAACAGGAUGUGUUUGAAGUGGGCUAAUAAUGCCUGGGGUGGAAGAUUAUUUAAACCUUCAGGAUAUGAAUUCACAGCACAUCCGUACAAAAGAUUUUUCUCGCCAUUUGGCUCUUCCAUUAAGAGUGUUACAGGACGUUAUCUGAGCCACAUUGUAGAGAAUUGGUCCAUUCUGCCUGAAAUCUUGCAUCAUGUGCACAUGAAUGUAAUGGAAAGCCCAUGGGCAACCUAAAAAGCCAUUUACCAAUGCACUCAAAAGUGAAAUCAUUAGGUACACUUUUUACCUGCUUCAUCUAGUAAGGACCAGAACAAGAGCGGAGACUUUAUUCUACAGUGAAGUAGUUAAAUACAGUACCGAAAUGAUUAUAAACACAGUUCAGUAUGAUGCAAUUUAGCUUUACAGUAAAAUAACAUAAAUAUGCAUAUUGUAAAACAAAUACUUCUCUGACAGUGUUAUUCAAAACGGAAUAUUAUUUGCAAAGGCAGAAUUAAUGUUAAGCUCUUGCGAUUGGAUCUCAUUAGAUUGGUGAUUCCCACAAGUCAUGGCACCCGAGUGAACGGUGAGAGGUCAGCAACUAUCCAAGUUUACUUCAUUUGGCUGAAAUUGAUUAGUCACUAAUUAUAAAAAGAUUAGGGCACGUCCAGUAUGGAUUUUUUUUUUUUUUUAGGCUAAUGCUGAUUCCAAUUGUUGCGGGAAAAGACUCAGAUGGUCCAUUGUUUGGCCAAUUAAUUAAAAAAAACUA